AUCAAAGUCAAGAAAAACAACAUCUAGAAGUAGAAAUAUUUAGCAAAGUCAAAAGAAAUAUUUUGUAUGACUUUAGUGAGAUUAUGCAUGACUUUGCUACAUGUUUUACUCUAUAAAUAGGUAUCAUUGUAAUACAAAGAACAUCAAGCAAUAUCAAGAAAUACAAUUACAAUCUUUAGCUUCUCUUUCUCUAUGCAUUAUGAUAAUACCAUGUUUUAACAUGGUAUCAAAGCUGGUUUAAUCCUUGGAACUCAGAAAAAAAAUGCCUCACAAGAAUCCACAGCCAUCAGCUAUCUCAAAUCAGCAGCCCACCAUUCAGGCGGCAGCACCAGUUUCUGGUUCAAGUGCUCAGAAUCAAAUAAGAAAACAGCAGCUUAACCAACCUAUGCCUUCAUUGCUCACGCAAUCACAACAACCUCUGUCAAAUACAGGCAGCCAAUAUUUACCCCUCCAACCACCACUACCACAACAACCAAGGAGCCACAGAACCAAAGAAAUCCCGGCUCCCUCAGCGGAGUCGGCGUUCUCGAAAGUGAGAAGAGAGGCCGCCCGACUACAAAUUUUGCAGUCGGCAACCAACCGCUUCAAAACCAACAUUUCAUCAUCGGAAGAGAACGGGACCGAACUUACCACCACAUUCCGCCCUGCAACACGGCCGGAAGUGCGGUUGCAACAAAUCACCGCCGAUAGAAGCAAAGAAGGCGGAGGAAAGAACCCAGGCGUCUCGGUCGUCGCCGCCGCCCAAUCUUCGCUGCCGCCGCCGAAUCAUUACUACGGCGUGGCUAACUGUCAAAAGCCUACCGGAGCAGCGGCGGUGGCUGCGGGAGCAGCGGAGGCGGCCACAAAUCGGACAUCUCCGGUUGGGCAGAAGAGGGUAGAGACGCAAUUAAUGGCGGAUGCAGCACUGGAACGGCUGCUGGAGAAGCUCCAGCAGCUACUGCUGUACGAAGCCCAGUUGGUGAAGAACGUGAAGACCCAACUGGAGAAGCUGGAGAUGAAUCUCCGGGUCUUUAGAGCAUUCCUUGCAGAUUCCGCGCAGUCGGUGAAGGACGACGACGACGCCGUCUUUGAGGAGCUCGUCCGCCAGGCAAGUGACGUCAUUUACGAGGUGGAGGACGUCGUCGAUCAAUGCCGCCGCCGGAGCCGGAACUCUGCGGCGGAGCCGGCGAAAUCGAAGGGCUGUGAAGAAUCCAAUGUGAUGAUGAUGAAUGAGAGGGAGGCGGAUGGAGAAGGGACGGGAGGCGGAUGGAGAAGGGAAUUAGGUAUAGGGUUUGGUGUUUUUGACACUAAACCCUCAUUCUUCUCUUUAUUUGCAAAAGAUACCCCACCCUUUAAAAUCUGCCCCCCUAAGUUCCAAUAAAAUACGAAAACUACCCCGAGGUUUUAUUAAAAAAAAAAAAAAAAAAUCAAAUUCAAAACAAAACACUCCUAAAUACGAGUAUAAACUAUUUAAAAUUUCAAAAUCAAAAUGAAUAACUCCUAAAUACGAGUAUAAACUAUUUAAAAUUUCAAAAUCAAAUGAAGAACUCCUAAAUACGAGUAUAAACUAUUUAAAAUUUCACAAGUUGAGUAUCGGGAAUCCCGUUACUAAACUUGAGGAGGAGUGUUGAAAAUAACACUACAGAAGUCAAUUCUUGCACCAACCACAAGCCGACCACAUGGAAGCUGCGCUCAGAAUUGUGAGAUUCUUGAAAGGAACCUUUGACUAUGGAGUACUGUUCAGGAAAAUUGGACAUCUCGAGAUACAAGCCUACACUGAUGCUGACUAGGCUGUAAACUCCAAAAGUUUUUCAGAUGUUCUUUCCAAGUUGAGUAUCGGAAAUCCCGUCACUCAACUUGAGGGGGAGUGUUGAAAAUACUAAAUAAUCAAAGUCAAGAAAAACAACAUCUAGAAGUAGAAAUAUUUAGCAAAGUCAAAAGAAAUAUUUUGUAUGACUUUAGUGAGAUUAUGCAUGACUUUGCUACAUGUUUUACUCUAUAAAUAGGUAUCAUUGUAAUACAAAGAACA